AUCUAUCCGAUCCUUUUCGUUCGUGAUCGGACGAGACGUGAAACGUUGUCUGGUCAGUUCACGUUUCUUAUGCGUGAAAAGUUAUUGGAAGGGCCUUAAAUGUCGUUAUCAACGGCACGACCGCUUAUUACGGUGUACACCGACAAGAAUGAGGCAUCAGGUGAGCAACUUUCCCUGCCAUCUGUUUUCAAAGCCCCGAUUCGCCCGGAUAUUGUCAAUGUUGUCCACCAAUUGAUUUCAACGAAUAGCAGACAACCAUACUGUGUAUCCAAAGACGCUGGUCAUCAAACCUCUGCGGAAUCAUGGGGCACUGGACGAGCCGUGGCGCGUAUACCUCGUGUACGUGGCGGUGGUACUCACCGUUCUGGUCAGGGUGCGUUUGGAAACAUGUGUCGAGGUGGACGCAUGUUUGCUCCUACUAAGCCAUGGCGACGCUGGCAUCAUCGCGUUAACGUCAAUCAGAAACGUUAUGCCCUUGUUUCCGCUAUUGCUGCUUCUGGUGUUCCUGCGCUUGUACAGUCUAAAGGACACUUGAUUGAAGAAGUCCCAGAGUUUCCACUGGUCGUUUCUGAUAAAAUUCAAGAAUACACGAAAACCAAGCAGGCUGUUAUUUUCUUGAGACGUAUCAAAGCUUGGAAUGACAUCCAAAAGGUAUACAAAUCUGAACGUUUUCGUGCUGGUAAAGAAAUGCGUAAUCGCCGACGCAUCCAUCGACGUGGACCUUUGAUUGUUUAUGGUCAAGAUCAGGGUAUUCGAAAAGCAUUCCGCAAUAUUCCUGGCGUCAGUCUGAUGAACAUCAACAAGAUGAAUCUUUUGAAAUUGGCACCAGGUGGUCACGUUGGACGUUUCGUUAUCUGGACGAAAUCUGCUUUUGAAAAACUGGAUGCUCUUUAUGGAACCUGGCGCAAAGAGUCACAACUCAAGAAAGGAUACAAUUUGCCAUUCCCUAAAAUGGCCAACACUGAUUUAUCCAGGCUUCUGAAAUCUGAGGAAAUUCGAAAAGUUCUGAGAGCUCCUAGGAAGAAGAUGGUGCGCAGAGUGAAGAAAUUGAACCCGUUGGCCAACACACGGGCUAUGCUGCGACUUAAUCCGUACGCAGCCGUUUUGAAACGUGCUGCUAUUUUGACCGCGCAGAAGCGCCAACAUGAGAAAGAUCGUCUUCUCGCUGAAAAGCGAGGCAUAAAAUUACCGAAGAGCGCACCGGCAUCAAAGGCUCUUACUCUUCAGAAGAGAAGGAAACAACAAGUUGCUAAAGUAAAGUUGAAGCCUCGUAAAGUAAAGAAAAUCGAGAAAGAUCUCACAAAACAAGCUGCUGGCAAACAGCCAGCUAAGAAAUAAUUUUGAAGUUGACAACAAUUAUUGGUAAUCUUAAUAUUGUUGUUAGCACAUUUUUAUUUCUGUCUCUGAAUAAAAAAAAGAUAGAAAAAUUGCGAGUUA